UUAAAAAAAUCCAGUGACCGGAUAGGUAGAGCGUAUAAGAUUAUAUUGAUCCCGACGUAAUGAAACCGUAAAGUUCACAUAAAAAAGGUAUACGGAGCUAAACGACUGAAUGAUAAAUGACCUUUUCUUGGAAGUAAGUCAUAUAAGGGUUACAUUUGAAACAUGCCCAUCCGUUAAACAAGUAGUUGACAUUAGGAACUAUUGAUUGAAUCAACAGCUGGUGGGUGUGUGCGCGCGAAGGAAAAUCGGAUUGGUGUGGAACCGUUACGCAGGUACGUACCGGUUUCCCAGUAUAAAAUAAUACUAGGCGACGAGGAGAGUGCUAUUGUAAGCUGUGUCUUCUCCGUCCCCAGUAGCGUUGAGCACCAGCCAUGGUUAGGGUGGCGUUCUCGCCGCACCCGUUACUACUGGUCACAAUAGUGAUGGCUGUAUGUGCGACUUUUCCACAUGCUGUUAUGGCCAUAGACCUUAGUAGACUUUAUGGACACAUUAGCUCCAAACGUAAUGGUGAUGCUUGCCACCCUUACGAGCCGUUUAAGUGUCCGGGAGACGGAAAUUGCAUAUCAAUUCAGUAUCUCUGCGAUGGAGCUCCUGAUUGUCCAGAUGGGUACGAUGAAGAUUCAAGAUUAUGCACAGCGGCAAAGCGACCACCAGUUGAAGAGACUGGAAGCUUUUUAAAGUCUUUAUUAGCUAGUCACGGACCAAAUUACUUGGAGAAGUUGUUCGGCAACAAGGCGCGAGAUGCUUUGAAGCCCUUGGGUGGAGUUGACAAAGUUGCCAUAGCACUCUCAGAAUCACAGACGAUCGAAGACUUCGGUGCCGCUCUUCACCUAAUGCGAUCAGAUUUAGAACAUUUACGUUCAGUAUUCAUGGCGGUAGAGAACGGAGAUCUUGGAAUGUUAAAGUCACUGGGGAUCAAAGAUUCAGAAUUAGGAGAUGUAAAGUUCUUCUUGGAGAAGUUAGUGAAUACAGGAUUUUUAGACUGAACCAUACCAGACCCUGCUGCUGUCUUCUUCGCCCACCCCCAACCACACUUGCCCCUGAGCAAGUCCUUUUAUUCUUAUCUUCCUUACUAGAUCUGUCUGUCUAUCUUCGUAAAGCAGCAGAGUCCGCUAAGAUCCGUCCCCUAUCAUUAUACCCUUUUUCCGUUAAUCACCCUCUUCUGUCUCGGAGGGUAAGUAAUCACGAGCAACGGCCAAGUAACCAGACUUAUGAAAACAUAUCAAGCACCAAAGGAUACUUUGGAACAUCACGUCACAUAUCAUUAGGUAUAUAAAAAAUAGGGAAUAUAUCUUAGAUUAUAAAAAGCGGUGUGAUCACAAUCUCUAACGAAAUUACAACUUAUAGUUUCUUAAAAUGUUUCAAUCUCUCUGGAUGUUUUUAAUCAAGUUGUGCACAAAACGUAAGCUCGCACUUACGUUGAGUGAUACGAUUGUUCAAAUUGUAUAAGUAGGUAAUAAUUGUGAUCACUUUUAAGAUAAUAACAAACGACUCCCAAUACAAUUAGUGUGGCACUAACGAAAAUGCGUGGGGUGUAGACAAAAUCCGGCCGGUCCGGCAGACAUCACCUCAGACCAAUGCGAAGGUAUCGGAACCUCUUUGUCGUACAUGGUGCAGCACUUCAUUGCAGGUUCCCUUUCUCAUUGUUUAAGUCAACAUUUCUAUAUAAAUAAUAUUGUAUGUAAAACAGUGGCAAUCUGGCAAUCAUCUGGUGCAAGGUCUAACGCGUUCAAAGGGCCUGACGCGCCCCCUCUCGCCAGAUGAACGAUCACUUUGCCAAUGUGAUUUAUGCAAAUAUUGUGAUUUCUCUGUACAUAUCAUUAGUUAGUGACGAAAGACACACCUUUACGCUAAGAUAACGACCUGACAUUUGCCAACAAUAUGCUAUAGGUGAGUCUUUCGACUUGAACGUCCGCACAAUCACAUCUGCACGAAAAUAUAAUAUAUUUUUUCGACUGGUAGUGAAGAUGUUUGUGUUCUGUGUGCGCCGAAUUCUAUUGAAGGUUAUCUGGAUUGAAAUAUUUUACAUAAAAGGCUGGUUCAUUAUGUAUACAUAUCAAAUGUUUUUUAAUGAAUAAAUAUAUAUUAUAUAUACAUAUAAUCAUAACACAAUUAAGUUGUGAGGUAGAAUUUCUAAUUAAAUAAAUAUAUUAUCAAAUA